GGCUCUUUGCUCUUGAAUCUAAACUUGAAAUAUUGAGGUUAGGAAGGAGAAAACGUGGACAUAAUAAUAAACAAAUAAUACACACUUUAUUAUUCUAAAAAAUGGGCAAAAAGCGAAAAUUAAGAGACGAGAAGGAUAGCAAUGAAUACGAUCCAACUCCAAAACAAUUCGUCACAUCUCACAUUAAAAAUCAAGAGAAACGGUUAAUUAUAAUUUUAGAGGAAGCACAAUUAGAAAGUGUUAAGGUUGGGAAUACGUUUGACUUACUCAAUUCAGACGACCAUGCUCAUAUAUUAAAAAAAAAUAAUCGUGAACCUGGAUCGUGCCGACCGGACAUCACCCACCAAUGUUUACUAAUGUUACUAGAUAGCCCAUUAAAUAGAGCGGGAUUAUUACAAGUUUACAUCCACACUAGCAACAAUAUCUUAAUAGAAAUUAAUCCUCAAACUAGAAUACCGCGGACCUUUAAAAGGUUUGCUGGUUUAAUGGUACAAUUACUACAUAAGUUUUCUGUAAGGGCUAGCGAUGGAAGCUUAAAAUUGCUGAAAGUUAUCAAAAAUCCGAUUACAAAUCAUCUCCCAGUUGGUGUGAAAAAGUUAGCAACUUCUUUUUCGGCUAAACAAGUUGUUAAAUGUAGGGAAUUGGUUCCUGAAAAUGAUGAACCCAUAGUCGUCGUGGUGGGAGCGAUGGCGCAUGGGAAUUUGAAAACCGAUUAUACAGAAGAUACCAUAUCUAUAAGCAAUUAUCCUCUUUCUGCGGCAUUAACUUGCACUAAGUUAUGUUCUGCAUUUGAAGAAGCGUGGAAUGUUAUUUAAAAUACAUUUUAUUAUGCAAUGUGGAAAAUAGAAAAUUUAAUAAAUCUUUUUUUGAAUU